CGCUCAUACGGGCGGCCCAACACGCUCAUUAUGCUUCCACAGGCCGCUAGAAUGCGUGCCACACGCCUCCCCCGUGUCGCUCCCCGUUUCCGAUCAACCGGUCACCCUCCUUUCGUCCAUACGCCUGCUCGUCAAGCUUCGACAGCUAGCGAGACAGCCACCAAUGCGCGCUCCGCUGGUACUCGAUCAAAAAACUUCAUAUACGGGAGUGCUUUGACUCUGGCACUUUCUUUCGGCUAUCUAUAUCUAACUGAUGCGCGAGCUGGCGUGCACGAAUGGCUAGUCGUGCCUGCCAUGAGGCAAAUCUACCCCGACGGAGAGGACGCACAUCACGCUGGAACCGCCAUACUCAGAGCUCUAUACAGCUUUGGAUUGCACCCAAGGGAGAGAGGCAACCCCGAUGCCGCAGGCGAUCUCGAAGUGGACGUGUUCGGACAUCGAUUAAGCAAUCCCAUCGGAACAUCAGCUGGCUUAGAUAAGGGUGCAGAGAUACCGUCGCAAAUGUUCCAACUUGGGGCUGGUCUUGUUGAAGUGGGUGCUGUGACCACUAUUCCACAAGAAGGCAACCCCAAACCACGGGUUUUUCGAUUGCCAUCACAGAAUGCGCUCAUCAACCGGUAUGGAUUCAACUCUGAGGGAGCAGAAUUGGUUGCUAUGCGGCUGCGCCAGCGCGUGCGAGAGUUUGCAUACCAUGCAGGUCUUGGUCUGGACCAGGAAGCAGAACGGAUUGUGCUGGAUGGCGAAGCUGGGGUACCUCCUGGGUCUCUUCAGGCUGGGCGGCUCAUGGCGGUGCAAAUCGCGAAAAACAAGACUACGUCCGAACACGAUAUGGAGGCAGUCCAAAGCGAUUACACAAGAUGUGUCGAGUACUUGGGGAAAUAUGCUGAUAUCAUUGUGGUAAAUGUCUCAAGUCCAAACACACCCGGUCUGCGUACCCUGCAAAAUGUCGAGCCUCUCACGCGACUGUUGUCCAGUGUGGUGCAAGCAGUGAACAAGGUUGACCGGAAGACAAAACCUGCUAUCAUGGUCAAAGUCAGCCCUGAUGAAGACUCGGAAGAGCAGGUCUCCGGGAUCUGUGGGGCGGUAUGGGAUUCUGGUGUUGAUGGUGUCAUUGUUGGAAAUACUACGAAGAAAAGACCUGUUCCCCUCCCCAAGGGCUACUUGCUCCCUGAAAAGGAUGCAAGUGCCUUACUGGAGCAAGGAGGCUACUCUGGACCCCAAAUGUUCGAGCGAACAUUGAGUCUGGUCAAGAGAUAUCGCAAAAACCUCGACGAUGGACCGAAGCAACUCCCACCACUGAAGUCACCGGACCAGUCAGCUGGCGACGCCUCUGAUUCCUCCGUGCUUGAUAAAGUAAACCCUACAGAGAAGCUGUCUGAGACCGUUGAGGCCGCCAAAGCUUCGCUGCCGGAUGCCACUACUGAACUACCCGCUGCAUCAUCUCCGCUGUCAACCAAUGUGGAUGAUAUCGGUGAUUCAGCUCCUCUUCUCGCAGUACAGUCUCAGGCAGGCAAUGCCGCACCGGCUCCUGUUGGUCCGCGCAAGGUCAUCUUCGCGACAGGAGGCAUCACAAACGGCAGGCAAGCGAGAGAGAUACUAGACGCUGGAGCAAGUGUGGCGCAGGUGUAUACAGCGAUCGUCUACGGCGGCGCGGGUACAAUAAGUAAGAUCAAAAAGGAAAUGAGGGACACAGCAGAUACGGAAAAGCGAUGA